AGUCUCCGUUCUCAAGCGCUAAUCCCUUCUUGCCUCUGCCAUUCUGCUUCCCCCCUCCCCGCAUCUUCCGAGCUGACGCAUUCUCGACCUCAGGGCCCACGUAUCAGCUACAAAGUCGACCUCCUCGGAAACGCUUUCCCUUGCGACCAUGGCGAAACUAGCUUUCUCCCCUGACGAGCUUCAUUUCCUCAAUCCUUUUACUGAACCUGCGGACGUUUGUUUCCCCGUCACCUCCCACCACCACCACCGAAACCUGCGCGCGGGAGGGGAAAGGCUGCGCCCCUACGUGGUUACGGCCCCACCACCGAGCCCGCAGGACGGCGCCUGGUCUUUGUGGCCGGAAUGAAUGGAUGAAGGGCCCGAGGUGCGUGUGGCGUCACCGCGGGCUCCCCACCCGGCCAUGCACCCCCUUUCACUCGGCGGCAACAGCGCCUCGGCCGCGCGCAGGCCGGAGGAGGAAGUGGGGUCUGGCUGCUUCGGACAAGAGAACUGGCCAUUGCUUGGAAGGGGGGGCUUGGGGGGGGGGGACGGGUCUACACCGCGGGCUCGGGCAGCGCAGGCGUGGCGCGGCGAGCAGCACGCAGCCCGCAAUCCGGGAACCCGGCGGCCGCCUCGCCCCUUCCCCCACCCGCCACCGCCGCCCGCGCUUCGCAACAAAGCCCGGCUGCGGGAGCGCGGAGCCCCACGCCCCUCAACGGGUAGCAAAGACGUCUCUCCCCUACCGGCGUCCGCUUCCUGGCGUCCGAGAACACAGCCCUCUCAGGACCGCCGGUGGCCGCGGCCUUCGUCAGAAACACCCGGCAAACACACCGCAGCUCGCGUGGAGGCGGCGGAGAAAUGGCUCCGACGGCGGCGCCAGGGGGGCGGGGUCGGUGCGCGUACGCAUGCGCACGAAGCGAGUUUAGGGCGGAGGGCGCCCGGAGGGAGGGGCGGGGCCGCAGCCACCUUGUCCCCGCGGCGCAUGCGGUCGCCAGGGAGAUCUGCGGCGCUGGGCCUGCUGCGCUCCAGGCGGGAUUCUUCCCUUGUUCCUUGCUUUUGAACGUUUUUGAGCCGUGGGGACCGCAAGCAUUUGACGUAGCAAAAAAUUUCUUAGCUUCUAUCAUGGGGACCUCCCGCUGAUGACAGAUAAAGGGUAGAAGACGGAGCCGGAAAUCUUAGGGUGCUUAAAGCAGCAGGUUCCCGAUAGUUAUUUAUAAUAAGGGAAAUUCAACCUCUCUACAUGGCUGACAAAUGUUUUGUAGCAGAUAAUGAAUACAGCAAAAGUGUCAACGUAUUAAGUAUAAAUAAAACUUUCAGA